AUGACGUAGGCAAAUCUCGCGUAUGCACUCUCUGCUGUACAGAAUAUACCCAACGUUACGGGAGUGCCUGGGACUUAAAAGAACAAACAUUACAUCAUGAAAGAUAACAAACGUGUAAGUCCGCUUUAGGUAUCGAGAGGUAAACCAAAAAACACUGGUGCAGGAGAUCUGUCUAAUACAGAAGUUAAUCUUGUUUCCUAGUGCUUUGACGGCCUGUUACUUCUGGAAAUCCUCGGGCUAACCUAACCUGUGGACUCAAAACCGAGAAAGGAAGAACAACAUUGGGGAGUAUAUCAAGCUAAGCCUUGGCAGCAAAUCUAUUUUUCAAUACAGAGGGGUUAGAUAGUCAGGUGAUACGUGUAAUGAACUGAGUAUUUGCUUAAUACUCGAACUCUGAGAGUUACAGUCGGCAGAAGUGUCAUAGUCGUCUGCUAGCUAAAUUAAAUGCUGAUGGACACUUAAUGCUAGCUAGCAGUGCUAACGUUAGCUGUCUAGCUCUGUUGACAAAAGUUUUGUUAACGGUGUACAUGGCUGUAUUAACUAGGUCGUUAGUGAAGGAAAGAUAAUCUGUGGUUAACGGUCAGUUCAGUUUUCAGUAAACUAUUUGCUGGCUGCCAACAGCUCAGAUACUUUGUGAUUGCUACGAUUAAGUUGACAGUUAGCCCAAACAUGUUAAGUUAGCCAGAAUAGCUAGGUUAACCCAACCUAGCAAGCCCUUUUCAACCUACCUGGUUGGUCACCUUAUCAGCAGUAAAGCUAAAAGACGAAGCUCACGUAAUUGUCCAAAUAUCUUCGUCAUUUAAUUGUAAAUAGUUUUUCAUUUUCUUGACUUAUGCGGGGCUCGUUGGCCAUGUGUAGUGAGUUAGUAGUAGAUGAAUAACAAACAGUCAUUGGCGAAAUCAACUCGAGAAAGUCAUCUUGUUAUCUGUCGUGUAGCAAUCCCAGACCAAAUAUCAGGCCACAGUGAGAAUCGUGAUACCUACUCUUAUAGAGGUCACUCAGAAGGCAAAAAGUGUCCUGCUUCGUUUCGUAACACCACUUAACAUUUUGUACUAGACAGGUAGUAAAGUAGUCUAAAGAUAUUUCCAUUGUCGUGUAACGUUAGACUAACCUCCUAGUGUAGUGACGUCAAAUCCCAACUUUGCCUUUCAAGCUAAGAAUAAAACACACUUGGAAUAAUCACGAUUUAUUUUUCUGGCGAAUGAAGCCCCACUCUUCCCCUUGGAUGUCAAGAUCUGCUGUCGACGUCAGUUGCCUUUGGGGCUGUUGACAUCAGCUACACAGCUACUGCACCUUGCCAAAGUCUGCUCGGUUCUUGAUCGUGACAAACGAGAAGACAGCACUCGGCAUAAUGAACCGCUACCUACCUGUGGCCCGACAGCACUUUCUGAGCGCACUCGCCAGCACCAGCGUGGUAGUUAAGUCCAUCUGUGCGACAGUGCUAGUAUUUUACCUUAUAUCCUGGGCAGUAGACACUCCCUAUGCUCUCGGCGUGACGCCAGGUUUCCUUUUUCCUCCAAACUUCUGGGUAUGGACACUGGUGACCCACCCUGUGGUCGAGCAGCACAUAUGGGGAGUAGUGGUCAAUGUUGCCACUGUGAUGGUGUCAGGCCGGCUGUUGGAGCCCCUUUGGGGAGCACUGGAGCUGCUCAUCUUUUUCGCCGUGGUCAACAUCUCGGCGGGCCUCCUUGCGGGCCUCUCUUACCUCUUUACCUAUGCCGCCACCUUUGACCUGGACUACCUGUUUGCAGUGCGGAUCUACGGUGCGCCCGGAUUCCUCGGCGGGGUCCUUGUGGCCCUGAAGCAGACGGCUGGGGACACCACGGUGCUGCGCGUGCCGCAGGUCCGACUGAAGGCGGCCCCAGCGCUGGCUCUCCUGACGCUGGCCGUGCUGCGGCUGGCAGGGCUCCUGGACACGGCGGCGCCGCUAGCCGCCUGUUGCUACGGCGCCCUGGUGGGCUGGGUGUACCUGCGCUUCUACCAGCGGCACAGCCGGGGCCGUGGCGACAUGUCUGACCACUUUGCCUUCGCCUCCUUCUUCCCCGAGGCUCUCCAGCCGGCCGUGGGGCUGGUGGCCACCCUGGUCCAUGCGGCGCUUGUCAAGAUGAAGGUGUGUAGGAAGAUGGUGAAGAGAUACGACGUGGGCGCGCCCUCCUCCAUUACAAUCAGUUUGCCGGGCACUGACCCUCAGGAUGCGGAGAGGAGAAGGCAAUUGGCAUUGAAGGCUUUGAAUGAACGACUGAAGCGCGUGGAAGACCAGUCCGCCUGGCCCAACAUGGAGGACGAGGAGGACGAUGACGAGGAUGAGGUGCGGACGGACACCCCACUGCUGCCCACCCGCGAUGCCUCCACACCUGCAACCAGCGCCAGCUCUGGCCAGAGCCCCACAGGGCAGGAGUCCAGCAUCAUCAGCUUUGAGGACGCCCCCUCCCACUCCUAACACACACACACACACACACACACACACACACACAGACGGAAGUACAUACAUACAAAGCUCUGAGGCAUGUCACACAUGUACGCAUUCUCAGUUGUGUAAUGGAACACACACAUACCGAAUCAUAAAACAGUCAAGUCCUGUUCAUAUCUGACGUACAGUAAUUAGCCUUAUGAAUUACUAACACACACCUCUGCUUCCCAAAACACACACACACGCGCGCAUAUACAUAGAUGUUUACCACAAAUGGACGUUUCUCAGCUUCGACGUUUGACAGAAGUACAGUGGCUCCACUCUAUACCUUGCUUCUGUGGCACUAAAAAUAAUCCCAGAAUUACUGUACAGAAGACAGUCCACCCCCCCCCUCCCCCGGUUGUUUGUCUCCCCCUGGGCUGGUUUCUUCUGAAUAAAUGCAGAAAAGGUUGAUGGGGCGUUUCUGUACGUUAUUUUUGAUGGGGUGGUUUUGUUCUCCGUGGACUAUAGACACCUUGACUCAGUCCUCGUGAGGGGUAGAGGGUGGUAGGUGAUUCUCAGACUCCUCCCAGAAUCCUUUUCAAGGCUAGACUGGAACCAUGUAUCCACAUUUUGAGAGUUCUGUUUUUUUUUUUUUUCGUUUUUUUUUUCAGGACAAAAGAAAGUCUUGCCCUGCAAACUUUUCCACAACGUGGGAUUGUGUGUGGAUAAGUCGUCGUGGAGAUUCAAGUGUGUGUCUCACAUCACACCAACAGAAUGUGGUUGUCGUGAGGAAUGCCGCCUCCCUCUUGUAUGCAGUUAUUGAUCAGCUGUGUGUGCGCGUGUGCGUGCGUGUGUGUGUGUGUGUGUGUGUGUGCGUGCGUGUGUGUGCGUAAGUGUGUGUACAGUAAGUGUGUGCGCGUGUGUAAGUGCGUGUGUGUGUGUGUGUGUGUGUGUAAGUGCGUGCAUAUGUGUUUUAUAAUUGUGACAGACGAGAGUAAUGGGUGUUAAUGGAACACAUUUUUUAUGCACACUAAAAAAAAGCUUGGCUUGAGAGCAAUACAGUAAUGAUUCAGUUCAGAUGCCCGAAUUGUAUCGAUCAGUCUGUUUUUCUUUUGUUUCUUUGUCCUCAUGGUUUCUGUUCAUUUGUCUGGGGCUUAUUAGAGUGAGUUGGGUCUACUGAAAAAAGUCUCUAAGUCACAAGCUCAUAUGAUAUUAUAUUUUGGUGGGAUUUUGUUUAAAUGUGGGUUAGGGUUUGUUUGUGUGUUUUACGCAAUGAAGACUUUGAUAAAGCAUCAGUUCGGGCGCAAACGUAGAUAAAGGGUGUUUUUUGUGUGCUGGCAAAGGCAAGUUGCUCUGCGUCUAUAGUCUAUCACUGACUAUCUCUAGAUCCCACAGUCUUUCGCUGCCUCUCAAAUAUCUCCUUGUCCUCUAUAUAAUAUUUGUAUUUUUAUCCCCAUGCAGAAAAGCUGCAGUUUAUGGGGGGGUCUGACUAUAUAGUGAAAGGAUGAACUAUUUGAGAUGCAGCCUCUGUUUUAUCUCUCCUCCCUGUAGAGGUUUGGGUGGGGAUCUCUCCUGGUUGGCACCCCAGUCUCUUCAUUGCUCUGUACAAAACAAAAUAAUAAAUCCUGAAUGA